AUGCCGGUCUUUAAUCAAUACGACUACGAACCUUUGGGAACGGAAGAUGCACUGCGACUCAUUGCUCUAGACCCGGCGGUGGAUGAAAGAGAUCCCUUGAGUUGCAGGAUCUUCCAACGCCGGCGUUCGGCACAGAGAGAAGAAUACUCUGCUGUUUCAUACACAUGGGGCGAGCAAAGCCCCUCGCGGACCUUGGAAAUCAGGUGCGAUGACGAUGACAUCUCGUGCGUGAGGAUUACCUCCAACGUCGACGCCCUCUUGCGACGUUUUCGCGCGCGGGAUCAGCCCUGUUGUUUGUGGAUUGACGCCAUAUGUCUCGAUCAGACAAACGGGUUGGAGAAGACCCAGCAAGUCCCUCUGAUGGGACGAAUAUAUGGAGAGGCAAAAGACGUCUGCAUUUGGUUGGGUGCGGAGGACCGCAUGACUGCGAAGGUCCUCAAGCUUUUGCGGAUACUCAGUCGGCUCCCUGAAAUUCAACCGCAGUGGGAUAUGGCUGGACGCGUUGUCUUUCACUUGAACGAAAUCUUCGAUCGUGACGACGCAUUGAUCGGGCUUAGGUUCCUACACGACUUCUUUUUGCGGUCUUGGCUCACCCGUCGAUGGGUCGUCCAGGAGGCGAUCCUCGCCCGCGAGGCAACCGUUCACUGUGGGCGGCAUUCCAUCCCUCUACUUUCAAUCUCCUGGGCCGCCACGCGUUUCCUCAGCUUGGAAGUGGCUUCUUACCCAAUCAACAUGGCGACAAACUUGCGCGAGCCCAACACCAAGCGCGGGAUACUGGAGCUGCUGUGGUACUUCCAUGAAGCCGAGUGUCAUGACCCCAAAGACCGUAUCGCCGCCCUCUUUGGCCUCGUACCGGAUGGCAAUCGAUUUCAUCUCGACUACACUGCCCACUGGACGGGAUUGUACAGACAGGUUGCUUCAUCGGCCUUUGGUCUUGACCACAGCGCCACCAACUUCCAAUUACUGAUUCAUUUAUUCGAAUUCGGUCCCGUCUACCAUGCAGAAGAUGCAUCCUAUCCGUCAUGGGUCCCUGACUGGUCAAAGUCUCGAAGGCGGAGCCUACCAUUCUUUUCCAACAUAAGAAACCCUGAUACCCUUGAGCGGUAUCCUACCUCAUCUAAAGGCCUAGAAUGGGAACGUGAUGGGCAAAGGGCCUCUUGGAGGGUGAUGGGAUGGGAUUUCCGGCAAACCACGAUGCUCGCCGUGAAGUACGUUGGAGAGCCGUCCCCUCAGCACAAGAGAAAUGUGUCGGACGGAAGGAUGCCGCUCCACAAGGGCAAAGUGAUUGGUCCAGCGGUUUGUGUUAUUUCAGAAGACGGACGGAACUGUACACGUGACGAGCCGAUUGACAAGAGGAAGAAGUUCCCUUCGGAGAUGGAUCAAUGGCAUUCAAUGCGCUUGAUAUAG